GAGAGAGAGUGUGUGUGUGUGUGUGUGUGUAGCCUUCACCUAUGUGUUGUGCAAUGGAGGAUACCUUCGGAGGAUUUUGCAUUGUACAUGUACAUGUAGCCUAUCCAUCUAAUCGAUUUCGUUGUGUAGCCGGUUAAUUUGUAGACUAAAGUGAAACUAAAACAGGGAAUUCUUCUGCCUUACUGCUUGAGACAAAAUCGACACACCGGCGUGGCUGCCGGUGUUUCACGUUGUGGUAGGACGUCGCAGAAACCGCGGCUCUGGAGGACUUUUCGGAAGAAACCCUGAACAGAAAAGUCCCAUUGGGCGGUAUGAUAAAGUCACAAAGAAGCCGCGAGCUGGGUCCGGUAGCUCGCUGAUAAACAGAACCGGAACAUCUUGGACCUAAGGGGAGACCGCAGGCUCGAAUCACCAACGACCCGAAAUUCGGAUUUAAGCGCGCACGAUCAUGGCUUGGUGCGACGGGAGGUGUACCCUUAUUGUGAUAUGCAGCUUGCAGCUGGUGGCUGCACUACAGAGACAGGUCAUAGAUUUUCUUGGCUACCAGUGGGCCCCUAUCCUGGCCAACUUCCUGCACAUCAUGGCUGUCAUACUGGGAAUAUUUGGCACUGUCCAGUUCCGCUCACGGUACAUCAUACUGUAUGCGGUGUGGUUGGUUAUCUGGGUUGGCUGGAACUCCUUCAUCAUCUGUUUUUACCUGGAAGUGGGACAUCUCUCACAGGAUAGGGAAUUCCUGAUGACAUUCAACACCUCCUUGCAUCGCUCCUGGUGGAUGGAGCAUGGCCCUGGGUGCCUGGUAACAGCUGUUCCUGACUCUCCAUUGGCUCCUCAGGAUCACCAUGUGAUAACUAUCAGUGGCUGCCUCUUAGAUUAUCAGUACAUAGAGGUGGUCAGUGCUUCCCUGCAGGUCUUCCUAGCUCUCUUUGGCUUUGUGUACGCCUGUUAUGUGAGUAAAGUAUUCCUGGAGGAUGAAGACAAUGUUGAUUUCAUUGGUGGAUUUGACUCCUAUGGCUACCGUCCUCCCCAGAAGAAUUCACAUUUGCAGCUGCAGCCCCUCUACACAUGGCAAGUGAAGCAUGUCAGUAGGUUGAGGAGCAAGGCAGAGAUGAGGGAUCGAGGGGCAGAUGUACGAAGUUUUUACUUCGUCAGGUGACGGUUCAUCAGAUCCACUGACCAUUGAUGAGGAAAGAGAGUUGGCACAACACAACUCUUCAGAUCGCUGUGAGCCCUGAUGUGGGAUGAAUAAAUUAAAAUAAACUUUAGUAACUGUG